AUGGCCGUAUCCGAAGAACCCGUUACAUGGCCCCCCACCCCUCCUUGUUCCUCCGAUCCUCCCAUUAAAGAUGUCUCAUCGGUAGUCACGGCAAUCCAUGUGAUAUCGACCGAGCGAGCGGCCCUCGCUCACCUCGAGCACAUCUACCAGACGGACGAGCGCGCACAGCACGAUCUGGCUCGGGCCGUGGACCAGAUUGCUCGCAGCGUGCGUGAGGGCAGCAAGCUGGUUGUCUGCGGGGUGGGUAAGAGUGGGAAGGUUGGACGGAAGAUCGAGGCUACCAUGAAUAGCUUGGGCGUGUACAGUGCGUUCCUACAUCCGACUGAGGCCUUGCAUGGCGAUCUGGGAUUAAUUCGGCCGAAUGAUACCGUUCUUUUGAUAUCCUUUUCUGGUCGUUCUCCGGAGCUUCUUACUUUGCUCCCGCAUCUGCCUUCUACUGUGCCUGUCAUCGCUCUUACUUCACACACACAUCCGGCGUCAUGUCCGCUGCUCUCGCUGCAUGCUCCUUCGGGCAUGGGCAUUCUUUUGCCGGCCCCGAUUCACGAAGACGAAGAGUCCUCGUUCGGUGUCAGUGCGCCCACGUCAUCAACAACCGUAGCCUUGGCGCUGGGGGAUGCGCUGGCCAUCGCUACGGCUCGAAAGCUUCACACUGCCACUGGGAAAAGCCCCUCGGAUGUCUUCCGGGGUUUCCAUCCAGGCGGUGCUAUUGGAGCAGCGUCGGCGGGCACUCCGCCAACCUCGUCGUCAAGUGGCAUGUCAACGACGACAUUUGACUCGCCAACCUCGUCUCUGUCGCUCCCAUGGGAGGAUAUCACGAAUACACCGUUGAUCCCUCCUUUCACUCUCCAGUCACCAUCAGUACAGUGUUUAAUUCCGCAAGAUAUAAUUGUUCCGCUAGAGCAAAUUCCACUCGUUGCACCUUCGCCCCAUUCUAACGGCGAAAUACGACUUCUCGACAUUCUUCUCACGGCCAUCCAGAAUCCCAAUGCCAAGUCAUGGGUAUUCAUAUCGCCAUCUUCAAUCAUUCCUCCUCGUCGUGUACGCGCUCUCCUUCUGCCAGGUGGAAACAUGGACAUGCGUGUUUCCGACGUUGCGACCAACAGUUCGGGCACUCCUUUUACUAUACCCCGAACCGACUGGCUGUUAGUCCCAGCUUCAACACCUCUUGCUGAUCUUCGGCGUCUCGUGUCCGAGUUUCACAAAGGGUCUAACUCCGUCUCUGUGAUUGGUCUCAUGAAAGACAUGACCAAUCCCGACAGCUGCAUGGGAGUUGUAGAGUUCGAGGAUCUUUUGGGUGAUUGA